CUCUCUCCUCCUCUACUCCACCCCUCCACUUUUUCUGCCAUAAACUUUCGAACUCCACAUUGCUGCCACAGACCCUCCUUUCCUCUAAAACCAGAGCAACAGGAUUGAAUCCCAAUACUCUCCAUCUACAGAUUUAGCCAGCCGAAUCACAUCCUCCAUCACCACAACAACCAGCACUGCUUCCUCCUCACGCGGCUCUCCACUCCACCUCGCGGUACUGCCGUCCUUCUUCCUCUCUCCUCCGCACUAAUCCGUCCCACCCACCCCUCCUCGACAUGGAGAAGGUGCAGCACAUCACGCGGGCGGCCAUUCGGCGGGCGUCCACCAUGGAGAUUCCCCAGCAGGCCAAGCAAAACAUGCAGGAGCUCUUCAUCAACUUCUGCCUCAUCCUCAUCUGCCUGCUGCUCAUCUACAUCAUUGUCUUGCUAAUCUCUUUCCACGGCAUGUGAGAGACCAGCGUGAUGUAACCUGCUCAUCCUCCUUUUCACUGGCAAACAAGAAGAACCUCCAAUUGGGGCCGAUCACACUCGGGAUACACUUCGACACAGCUGAACAACCCAGGAAAUCUCCAUCCCAUCACUAUGGAUCUGAUCAAUAACCGAGGACUAAACCUGCUGCUCAACUUCCUGCUUAUUGUUGUGGCUCUACUGCUCAUGCUUAUUCUGGUCAAGCUCAUGUGACCCGAAAUGGCCAGAAACAAGAAUUAUUGGUAUAAGAGGGACGUAUGUUUCAGAGACUCCUACUCUCUCUACCUCCAAAACCAAUUUAAGGUUCCUUACAUGACCAGAUU